AUGACAAACAACAAAGAGAGCAGGAGAGAAAGCAAGUUUGCGAAGUACAUGAAGGCACCUUUAAGGUUGUUGACAAAGGUAAAGGACUUGUACGUCCGUGGCAUGAUCCAUUGUUCUCAUGACUUGGCCUUUGUGGAUGCAAACGUGGGAAUUCCUAACAGCUUUAGCUCUGCAACACCUACCACAAACGAUCAUGAUUUUAAUGAACUCAUAACUGCUGCGUCGCUUAGGAUCAGAUCAGGUGGAAAUGGUGUUGAGUUGGAUGCGGAAGCAAUGAAAAAGCCUCCUCAGAAGAGUCACAGGGUCGGGAUGGAAAGGAUCGAAGAAGAAGACGAGGCGUGUGAGUUUGGAGAUGAUGAUGACGACGAUGAUGAUGGUGAUAUCAAGGCCAAGGCGCCACAAAGUUGA